UCUGUGGCUUCGAUCACUGAAUUCUGAAGUCGGGGACGCCAAUCUUGACUGCACCGAUGAAGUCACAGGCUUUUCCGUGGUCGAGCCAUUCCCACCUCUUGCCGUUCGAACUGCGUUGUGAUCCUCACUUUCGUUCUCUCCUCCAAGCAAGCAAGCAACCACCCUCAGUCUAUCAAUCCAAGUCAACUAUGAAGCUCGCCGGAGUUAUCGCGUCAAUGGGCCUACUGGGCGUGGCUUCUGCUGACGAUAGUAGCUCGAGUUUCGCUCGUUUCUUCGACCAAGCGCGUUUCCAGGAGAUGUUCCCGGAUGCUGUGGAGCUCUACAACUUCGACGGUCUCGUGGAUGCCGCCAGCAAAUACACCGAGUUCGCCAACACGGGCAACGAUGACAACGAUAAACGCGAGCUGGCGGCCUUCCUAGCUCAAACGGCUCACGAAUGCGACAGCUUCAAGGCUGCGGAGGAGUACGCCCGUGACACCUACUCGGUGUGGCAGUAUUGCGACAAUGCCAGCAUCGCCUGCGCCCCUGGCCAGCGUUACCACGGCCGCGGCCCCAUUCAGCUCUCGUGGAACUACAAUUACUACAAUGCCGGCGAGGCUCUGGGCAUUGACCUUCUAAACAGCCCGGACAUCGUCUCAACCGAUACGACGGUGACGUGGAUGACUGCACUUUGGUACUGGAUGACUCCGCACGCCGGUCGCGUCAUUCACGACGUCGUCGCCGGUGAGAACGGGUUCGCCCAGUCCACCGACAUCAUCAACGGCGGCCUCGAGUGCGGUCCGGACGCCCCGAACACGGGGAACGAGCAGCAACGCAUCACAUACUUCACCAAGAUGUGCGAGGCACUGGGCGUGGAGCCCCUGGGUGCCACUUCAUGCAACGCCUAGACUGCGUGUGCGUCGUAUAAAACAUGAAUACACAAGUGAACUGUGUCUCUUACUUG